GGGGCUCAGACAGUCAAACAAACAUUUACUGAUUUCCCCACCCAAUGGACCAUUUGGAAAUUGCCACGUUUGCAUACCAAAUUGACCGUUAACGCAUCACUUUCUGGCAACUAGAAUAACCAUUUCUUCGCCCUCCUAGCUGAUGACAGCGCCAUACACACAAAUCUUGGACUCACAACUAUAAGCUCUAGGGUUUUCUUUUCUUUCUUUGAUAAGCGAAAAUGACGGUCACUACUGAGAUCAGCGAUGGAGAUCACGCGGUCGAGCUGAUCGUGCGAGACGCAUCCGCAUCAUCACCUGAUGGCAGUGCGGACGACGGAGCAGGCGGCGGCUCUGGCUCUGAGGAAAUGGCCCCUCUUUUGAACCAGGCCGAGAAGCCCAAGAUCAAUAUCUUUUCCGUUUCUUACUCUCGUAGAAAACCUAGAGAGCAAGUGGCAAGAUUACCUGAAACAGAGACAUCCCCAAUAACACAGUUUAUUUUCUGGAUAUGGGGUGGAUCCAGAUACUCGGGCAUAUUGUGCAUGGCCUUAUCAUCAACCAUCUACUUCGUAAUGGAAGUUCUAUCUGAUUCUUUCUCUGCUCGGUCAAUCCCUUUGUUUGAGACUGCAUUUACAAGAUGUACAAUAGUAUUGAUAUUAUCAUAUGUAUGGUUGAGGAGAAGUGGACAGCCAUUAUUUGGAGCAGCAAAUGCUAGGAAACUUCUCUUUUGGAGAGCCUUAACUGGAUAUCUAUCAUUAUUGAGUUUUAUUUAUUGCAUUCAGAGGUUACCCUUGUCCCAGGCUAUUGUAUUAAAUUUCACAACUCCAAUUGUGGCUUCAAUUGUGGCAAGGAUCAUGUUACGUGAAAAGUUCAAAAUUGCAGAUAUUGGAGGUCUUGCUUGCAGUUUCAUUGGUGUGGUCUUCAUUUAUAGACAGAUACUUAGAACACAAGGGGGGUGGAUUAGAGGUGGGGAAAAAAGCAAUGCAACUGCUAAGGGAAGUCACCACAUAUAUGCCGUAUUGGUUGGUUUAUUCUCAUCAAUUACUGGUGGAAUCAGUUACUGCCUUAUAAAGGCUGGAGCAAAGGCAUCUGAUCAACCUGUGGCCACUGUUUUUUCAUUUGGCUUACUCUCUAGCCCUGCUGCGGGAAUAUGUACAUUUGCUUUUGAGGAAUUUGUGGUGCCAGAUUUUUAUUCAUUCACUUUUAUGCUUAUACUGGGUGUUCUGGCCUUCUUUGUAGAGGUGUUUUUAGCUCGUGGAUUUCAGCUUGAAAGGACCAGCAGGGCUGCAAAUGUCCAGUACAUUGAGGUUGCCCUGUCACAGUUGUGGGGAAUGAGUUCUUCUAGGGCAUCUUCACCAUUUGGAGGUCUAGUUGGAUGUUUACUCAUCUUGAUUUCAGUAUGCUGUACCAUAUAUUUUGGACCUUACAAAGAGAUGGAAUGACACCAAAGAUGACGUAAUCAACUUGUUUAAUUUCCCAAGCCUUUUUAAAAUUGUAUGUAGUGGCUUCCGAUUAACUUUUCGCUCCUACUCGAGUAUCAGUUUCCAUUUUCGGGGUGAGGUUACCCAAUUGGCCUGAUGACCUUGUUGCACAUGACAUCAAUUGGCUGCUGCAAUGAUUAUGUAAAUCAUAAUUUGGUUUUGAGUUUUAA